AUGCAGGACUUCUGCAAUUGUGAUUUGCCGGGCUUGCCGUGCCUGGGGCUGUCCCCGACAGAGAGGGCUGCAAGCACAAGCUCAACGCCCAAGAGACAUGCGGCGACACAUGCUCAGGACUUGCCCUUGCAGAAGAUGAAGGUUCCAGGGCUAUCACCCAAGACUCCGGAGACAGCUGCAAGCACCACUGCAACGCCUGGAUCCACAAGACAUGCCCAGGACUUGGCCAUGCAGCUUCUGAAAGUUCCAGGGCUAUCACCCAAGACUCCAGAGACAGCUACAAGCACCACUGCAACACCUGUGUCCAUCAGAAGUGGAGGCUCAAUUCUUCGGCCGGCUCCCUUGAGCCCGAUGACCAGCCCAAAGCUCUUUUUCUUCGAGCCAGGGAUGGGCACAAUCCUGAUGACCGAAGAUGCGGUGAACGAUUUGAACAAUGUCAAGGACUGGAAUGCAGAUCUUCCCAAGGGCUGGGAGUUGUGCAGAGACACAAAAGGGCGUACCUUUUACUUCAAUGCCUCGCGAGGAACCAGCACAUGGCACCAUCCGCGAGAGGCCUUGCACGAGGAACUUCGACAGCUCAUAGCCAAAGCUCGAAGGGAGCAUCCUGGUGAGGUGCGCGACAGCGUCGAGCGACGUGCCAAUGCUGCACGAUCCUUCAUGCAAGAGCUGAAUGAGCGCGCCCAAAGGGACCUCUCCAACUGGCGUGGGCCGUUCCUGUCCAAGGAGGGACGGUUUCCAUAUUGGUUCAGCAAUGAAUUGCAAUGCAGCUCCUGGAACGAUCCUGCGAUCGAUUGGGACGAGCAGCUGCAAUUUUCCCGAAGGACUCUUUGUUGCGAGCUCGGCUUGGAGGAGGCCCACUUGGCCGCCAGGCCCAAAGGAUCAAGCCUGAGCUUUCGAAUGGCUGCCAAAGGAGUAAUUGCAGCACACUCUUUCAGGCAGAUGACUCUCAAUCAUCGUCGCAGCUAUUCCAAGGACAAGGCAGUCUCUCUGAGAACCAUCGAGCAAAUCGAUCUUGACAUACCUCGCACUGCCUGCGGAGAUGCUGAGCUUGAAUCCUGUCUUGGCAUUGCUCGAGCUUUGCUUCUGAGGCAAGCCGCCGAGGACCCUGAGCUUGGAUAUUGCCAAGGAAUGAAUAUGGUUGCUGUGCUGUUUGCAGUUGCCUCACAAACUCAAGCAGAGGCAUUCUUCCGGUUUCAUGCCUUCAUUCAAAGUCUUCGUGGUCUUUGGGAAGAAGGCUUUCCGUUGCUUCAGCAAGGGAUUUGCACUUUCGAGACAUUGGCAACAGAUCGGCCCUGGUUUCAACAUUUGAAAAGGAACGGGGUUGAGCCGGAGAUGUAUCUGCCGGGCGCAUGGCUGGGUCUCUUCAGCUGUUGGCUGCCACUAGCCACGAGGGUUCUGCUGCUCAGAAGUCUUGAGGAGGGCCACCUUGAAUCGAUGCUGGCUCUUAGCCUCGCUAUCCUUGACCACAUCGGGAGUUUGCUCUUGGAGCAAGGAGACGAUAUGGAUGACUUGCUCGAACUGUUGCAUAGCAUCAAGGAGAAACCGCCACACCCUGCCGCUUUGCUCACCGCUCGGGAUGCGUGGUUCCCGAAGGUAUCUGCGACCAAAGCGAGGAGGUCUAGCUUCUGGAAGAUGCGUUUUCGCCGUGAAGGCUCUGAUGUACUUGAUCAUCAAGGGCAGGCUGUAUUUGCAAAGCGACCAAGCCUAGCAGGAGCAGGCAGAGCCUUACUGAAGUUCUGCUUCAAAGACUUGGGCAGACAUUGUUCAUUCCGCAACCCUGCAGCCGGUCACUGA